AGCAGGAAACCAUACACCCCAAAAACCAUUCACGAUGAGUUCGUCGCCAAAUUCCGAUGAGGACAGAAAAAUUGAAUUUAAUCCACUGCUGCUGGCCAGUGGCAAAAGGAAGAGUGCAUUUCUACCCUACAAACCAUCGAACACGGUGCUAACAAAUCUGCAGCGCGGCAACACCGAAGCGAACAUUCCCAGUGAAAUAUGUCUUAAUUUUCACGAAAAAACAGGUCAAGGAGAAAUAACGGAGGAGCAGGUGCGUGCUGAACAGGCGGUCGAUACAGUGGAUUCCGAUCAAUUUACACCACUGCAUUGGGCGUGCUAUUAUGGACAGCUAGCCGCUGCUAAUAUACUUAUUAAAUGCGGAGCAAAUGUUAACAAACGAGCAACGGAUAUGAUUACCCCAAUACUUUUGGCCGGAGCAGGUGGACACAACGAGAUCGUGCGCUUGCUGGUGGAUAAGGGAGCGGUAGUUAAUCAUAUGGACAUAGUGGGUAAUACUGCUCUCAUGUAUGCGGCAGCCGGAAAUCAUCCCCAUACCUGCAACGAGUUACUAAAUGCUGGCGCGAGCUUUACUGAUACGAACGAGGACGGAGAAUCGGCUUACUCGCUGGCAGUGAAAAACAAUGCCAACUUAGCGCAAGCUGUGCUGGAAAAUCACAUCACUGCGCUGCUAAUGACAUGAAUGGAUGUAUCAGAGCUUGUUGGAAUAGUUUUGUGAUAAUCAAAGUACCAUUGAACAAAUUGAUCCCCAGUGUCAAUAGUAUUGCAUGUAUACAAAGAAUGUUUUACAAAAAAAACUUUGCUAAAAGCUAAUAAUAAUAUUCGUUAGUCAAUUGAAACAAACAGAACGGAUUCAUUUGCUUACUACAACAGCCAGCACUGUAGACACGUAUCGCAGCAUAACAAACGGCUGUCAAAACGUGCUGUUUUCUAUCUGUCCCGCUUUGAACGUGAAAUUCUUGUUCCGUUUUCGUUUUCCCCGGCUGUUUCACUUGUAAAUCGCGACUUUAUCGAAUUUCGGUGCAAUCUGCAUUCCUUCUCUGUGAUAACAGUAAGCUGUUGGUGAUAAUCUGCCGUGUUGUUUGUUUAUUUGUACGAUAAUCAUCCGCAAGCUUCGGGAAGACGCGUUCCUCUCGAUAUUCCUGUAGUACUAUCGUGUAUCCGUUGCUUGUGCAAUAGGCCAUUCAAGCGGUGCGCUCGUUAUAAUUUAUUAUUUUAUUAGCUUUGUUUUAUUUGGAGGAAAACAAUAAAACAAAAACA